AUUUUUUUUAAAAGUAUAUCAAAAAUAAUUAUGCAGUCAAUAAGACUUGGGAAUAAUCUUUUUCAAAAGGAAAAAGUAAUAAACGAAUUACAGACGGAAAAUGAUUCAAUUAAAGAGAGAUUAAAAUAGCUUGAAAAUAAAUGUUAGCAACUCGAAUAAGAAAAGACAUAUUUUGAAAAAGCUUGCUUUGAAUUUAAAAACUAAUUGAACCUUUUAUAAAUAGAAAAUUAGUAAACGCUGUUUUAAAACAAAUAAUUUUAAAUGGAAAUUGCUUAGCUUAAAGAGUAAAUCAAGAAGAAAGAUGAAGUCAUUAAUGAAAAAGAUGAAAAAAUGUUAUAUAUCAACAUGGAUUUGCAGGAAUUGAAAAGUCAAGGCAAUAUUCACACAAACAAGAUUGAAAAUUAUUAAUCAGAAGUAACCAUGUAGGAGAAAAGAAAUUUAAAACUAGAAAAGACAAUUCAGUUGUUAGAAGAAAAACUUGAAGACAAAGAAAAUGAUAUUCAAACGCUAAAAAAAAGUAUUUAGUAAAAGGACAACCAUAUUUUCAUUUUGCUCAAAGACAAAGAAAAAGCAAUCAAAUAAACUAAUGAUAAAGAAAAUCCUAAAAAACCAAUUAUUUUAAAAAAUACUUCUUAGGAUAACUAAAUUUCAAAUUCAAUAUCUUCUUCACAAACAAGCACAGAAAACUAAAUUAAAUCUGAGGACCUAGUAAAAAGUUUAAAAAGUAAAGUCAAUACCCUAACAAAAUAGCUGUAAGAAAAAGAAGCUGAGAUUAAAAAGAUUAAAGAUGAGAACUUUUAGCUCAGUACAAGACUCAAAAAUACUAAAAGAUGA